UGCUUUUUUCCUCUUUCUCUCUUUUCUUGCUCUUUCUUUUCUUGCUCUCUCGCUCUAAUUACUUUCUCCUGUAAUCGCUUCUUCCCCUUUUGCUAUCACCCCCUUUUUAUCAGUCAAGCUUCCUAUUCAGCAUGGCAACUCCUCACCCCCUUUCCGCCGCGGCGUUGCUUUCAGUAAAGGGUUGGGUGGCCGUCGUCACUGGCGGGGGCACCGGCAUCGGACUGAUGAUAGCCCAAACCCUCGCAGUCAACGGAGCCAGGGUCUACAUCACAGGCCGCCGCGCCGACGUCCUCGAGACGAGCGCCCGCAUCCACGGCUCCCCCGAGAGGCUGGGGCUGUCGGGAGGCAGCAUCGUGCCGGUUGUCGGCGACAUCACGUCUAAGGACAGCAUUAGGGAUGUUGUGGCGAAGAUUAGGGAUAGAGAGGGUUUUGUUAAUGUUCUUGUCAAUAACGCCGGUACGUGGCUCGGCAAGACGGAAGCAACGCCUGAGGAUGGCCCCGAGGCGUUUAGCGAGGGUAUGCUUGCUGAGGAUAAGGAAGGGAACUGGCAGAAGACGUACGACAUCAACGUAACCUCGCAGUACUUCGUCACGGCCGCCUUCGUCCCUCUCCUCGCCAAGGCCGCGUCCAGCCCGGCCGGGAGGCCCGGGAACGUGAUUAAUAUUGGUUCGAUCUCGGGUCUGUUGCGGUUACCGCAAAACCGCCAGUUCGCGUACAACGCCAGCAAAGCCGCAUUCACGCACCUAACGCGCCAGUUGGCGUUUGAGCUCAGCCAUGACAAUAUCAAUAUUCGCGUGAAUGGCAUCGCGCCAGGCUACUUCCCCUCGGAGCUAACAACAGGCCCCUCCAACGAGGAGAAUCUGAGCGUGGUCGACGAGGAGCGGUUCCUGCGGUUCGUGGAGGGCAUGGGCAUCACGAAGAAGGGGAAAAGGAUGGGUACGCCGGGGGAGCUGGCGAGUGUGGUGCUGACGCUGGCUACCAACGAAUUCAUCUGGGGCACGAUCAUGGUUGUUGACGGUGGGUUGUCGUUGACGGCUCCAGGGACUAUGUAAGGCUCGGUCGGGGCGUGUUGAGGUAGCCAUGGAUUUGUGUGGCCUAGGCAUCCACGAAUAAU